UUUCGUUUGUGCAGCCAUCUCAAGCACUUUGAAGAAAACAGGCAAGCACUGAGACACCUCAAGGACAUCAUUGAUGAAAUGAAUAGCAAUAUUGAAUUUGUGCAGAAGCGCUCCGUGUGCUACAUCGGCGCCGGCAUGGGCCACAACUGCGAAUACGGCGAGGCGCUGGACUCGGCGUUCGCGGCGCGCAACCUGCUGGGCGACGACAACCCCGGCAAGCGCGGCCCGCUGCCCCUCGCGCCCGCCGGCGCCCCCUUCUAACCAGGUAAAUGGAUUGAAACGAAGCAAGCUGAAUGGUAUGGAUUAAGAAGAGUCACUAUCGCUGCUCUUGUGCUUUUGUUUCAAUCGCACAAGGAAAUAUCUGAUUAUUGUAUUUUCUAAUACAAGAGCAAUUGGAAUAAUGACACUGUCUCACUUCUUUCCAUGUUCGUAUUAUAGAACUGUAGAUAUGUCAUAAUGUAGAUAUUUGUCAAUAAAGGUAUUUCCGUAAA